CCCGCCGCUCGCGGGAGGCCCGACGGCUCCGCCGGGCAGGCGCCGCUCAGCCGCCCCCGACGGGCUGUAGCCGCGGGCGGCGCCGCGGGGGCUUCGGUGCGGGCAGCGGGCGGGUGCGCGGCCGGUCUGCCUGCCGCCCCGCGCGGGGACCGCGGUGAGGGGCGCCGUUGCCCCCGCCGCCCCGGCGUGUGAGCGGGACGCAUCUGCGGGCUGCAGCGGGCCUCGGGCCCGGCAGCCCCGGUGCCACCGUGCCCCGGGAGUGGGCGUCGAGGCGUGGGGCCGCCUCCUGCACCGUGCUGGGGGCACGAUGGGGCUGCGCUGUGCUGCCGGGUGGAUGCAUCGUGACCCCGAAGUCCCCGGGAAACAUGGGUGCCGCAGCAGAGCUUGCUGGAGGGGGCUGCGGCCUGGAUGCGACCCACAUCCCGGGGAGGGAGCGCCUCGGACAGGGUGGCACUUUCCAGACACGACGUCUCUGUGCCGGACCCGAGAGCCUUAUCUGCAGUCGGAGGCAUUAUUUGCAGUGUGACAACAUCCUCCCUGCUGGCAGCGAGGCCCCGUCUCGCCUUCCCUCCGUAGUUAAACUUCAAGCUGCGCGUUCGCGCCUCCGGGUGCCUCCCUGCGCCGAGGUCCUGGCCGGGCUCCGGGCUGGCGUCGGAGCCUCUGGGCGCGGCAGUGCAUGGCCCUGCCGGGACGCAGGAAGGUCGCUCCCAGGCCGCGGCGGGAGCGUGGGCUUCCUGCCGCCCGUGCUGCACCGACCGGAACGAGCGGCGGCCUCCCUGCGGCGGGAGGCAGCCCGGGACCGUGCUGCAGACCAGCAGAACCAGUUCCUGCCGGGCAGACGGUGCUGCUCGCCCUGGGCGCUGGGAGCAGGGACAAGCCCAGCUGCUCCUGGUGAGGGCGAGCGAUCUGCGGGACGAGCGAUGUCGGAGGCUGUGGAUCUGUCUUUCCUGCUGGACGCAGAGAGGGAUUUGAUCCUGCAGGUCCUGCAGCGAGAUGAGGAGCUUCGUAAAGCAGAGGAGAGGCGAAUCAGGCGCCUGAAGAACGAGCUGCUGGAGAUCCGGCGCAAGGGGGCCAAGCGGAGCAGCCAGCGCUACAGCGAGCGGACGUGCGCCCGCUGCCAGCAGAGCCUGGGCCGCGUGAACCCCAAGGCCAACACCUGCCAUGGCUGCAACCACUUGGUGUGUCGCGACUGCCGCUCCUACGGCCCCAACGGCUCCUGGCGCUGCAAAGUCUGCACCAAGGAGGCAGAGCUGAAGAAGACGACGGGUGACUGGUUCUACGACCAGAGGGUCAAUCGCUUUGCCAACAGGCUGGGCAGCGACAUUGUGCGGCUGUCUCUGCGGUACAAGUCUGCAGCCAGCAAAAGGGAGACAGUGGGACAAACCCUCCUCCAGAAGGCACAGCUUAGCGAUUCCAGAAGCUCCUCUGCAGCCCAGCAGAAGAGCCCCCAGGAGCCAAGGAAGGGGCCCAGUUUGUUUCCUGAUGCCUCAGACCUUCGGGAUGGCAGAAGUGACACAGAGUCCGUGGAAAACAUGAGCCUGGACAGCUACAGACCUAGUCCUGGUGGUGCAGAGGGCGGUUGUAGGAGGAACUCUCUGGAUAAAGCUGCUCCGCUCAAAGAGGGAAAACAGGUUGCUGCACCAGCAGGGCCUGCUGCGUCCAGUCUGACCCUCCCUGCCCGCUCCAGACAUACGCUUCCCGCUGCCGAUGGACGGGAGGCUUCUACGGGUAACCGAAGUAGCAUGUUGGUGGAGGAGCGUGAAACUAUAUUCAAGAAGAAUCCUCGGAGGGUGGUGAGACCUGCGGACUACACCAAGUCAGUGAUUGACCUGCGCCCAGAAGACUUUGUGGGUGAACGCAGCUCUUUGGGAGACAGAAGCAAAUCAGUCCCUGGCCUCACCACGGAGCUGGAUGAGGAAGAGGAAGACAUUGAUAACCUGGUGGAGAUCCAUCGCCAGAGGGUGGCCCGGGGCAGCAUGCGCAGCGGCACGUCCUCAACCACGCUGGGGAGCAUGGUGAGCAUUUACAGUGAGGCCGGCGACUUCGGGAACAUCGUGGUCACAGGAGGAAUCUCCUUUUCCCUGAGCUAUGAGCAGAAGACACAGACCUUGUUCAUUCACGUGAAGGAGUGCCGCCAGCUGGCCUACGGCGACGAGGCCAAGAAGCGCUCCAACCCAUACGUGAAGACCUAUCUCUUGCCUGACAAAUCCCGACAGGGGAAACGCAAGACGACCAUCAAACGCAACACCAUAAACCCCCUGUACAACGAGCUGCUGAAGUACGAGAUUAAUAAGUCCCUUCUGCUUGCAAGGACACUGCAGUUCUCAGUCUGGCACCACGAUCGCUUUGGCCGAAACAUGUUUCUGGGGGAGGUGGAGAUCCCAAUGGACUCCUGGAACUUCAGCAGCCACCUGGAGGAAUUUCUUCCCCUGCAUGGCAAGAUUGGGACCGACACUGCUGGCCUCCACCAGUACAAAGGGGAGCUGGUUGUCUCCAUGAAGUACAUCCCGUCUCCCAAGCAUCCUGGGGCUGGGAAUGGCAGGAAGGGCAAAACGGGGGAAGGUGGUGAGCUCCAGGUCUGGAUCAAAGAAGCCAAGAACCUCACAGCUGUCAAAUCCGGGGGGACAUCAGACAGCUUUGUGAAGGGCUACCUCCUGCCACAUAAAAACAAGGCCUCCAAGAGGAAGACUCCUGUGGUGAAGAAGACCCUGAACCCUCAUUACAACCACACCUUUGUCUACAACGGCAUCAACCCAGAGGACCUGCAGCACAUCUGCCUGGAGCUGACAGUCUGGGACCGGGAGCCACUAUCCAGCAAUGACUUCCUGGGAGGCGUUCGCUUGGGCGUGGGGAAUGGCAUGAGCAAUGGGCAAGCUGUGGACUGGAUGGACUCUACAGGUGAGGAGCUGAACCUGUGGCAGAAGAUGCGCCAGUACCCUGGCUCGUGGGCAGAAGGGACACUCCAGCUCCGUUCCACCAUGGCGAACCUGAGGCCAUAGGGAUUGGCACAGGCACCAGGACUGACCCUACAGGUGACACAGGCACUCUGGAGCUGCAGUCACAGCAUGGCCAAGGCCCAAGGCCAGACCCAGACAGAGGUGCCAGACUUAUUUUAUUUUAAUUUUUUUGCAUAUUUUAAUAAACAUGACCUUCCCUCUAAA